AUGCAGCAAAAUGUGAAAAGGAUAUUGCGAAAGCUCACCAUCGAUAUAUGCCAUACUUUCGCCCAAAGUAAUCCGGAUUUCCACUAUGAACCAAGCUUUCGGCCUCUAAGAGUUCUGACCAAACCUAGUCACGGCGUUAAAAACGACGGAGAAGACAACGAGCAUGGCGAUUACAUUCUCUACGUCAAUUGCAUAUUGGGAGAAGGUGAACACAGAUAUGUUGUAUUGGAUAUCCUAGGUUCUGGUACUUUUGGACAAGUGACAAAGUGCCGCAACCUGGUUACCGGAGAAAUCGUAGCCGUCAAAGUGGUGAAGAAUAAGCCAGCUUAUUACCGACAAGGGCUGAUUGAAGUGGAUAUCCUACGAGAAUUGAAUACUAUUUAUGAUCCCCUAGAUAAGCAUCAUAUUCUUCGCCUUCAACAUUCCUUUGUGCACAAGCAUCAUUUAUGCCUCAUAUUCGAAUUACUCUCCUUCAACUUGUACGAGCUGAUGAGGCAAAAUUCGUUUCGAGGCUUGUCCGUCAACUUUAUACGGAUCCUUGCAUCUCAGUUGUUGGAAGCACUUGUUGUCUUGCGAAAAGCGCAGAUUAUCCAUUGUGAUUUGAAGCCGGAGAACAUCCUUCUUGAAAGUCUUACAUCACCCAAAGUCAAAGUCAUCGAUUUUGGUUCCUCGUGCUUUGUACACAAGCAAAUGUAUGCAUAUAUACAAUCCCGAUUUUACCGUUCUCCCGAAGUGCUUUUGGGUGUGCCCUAUACCACGGCGAUUGAUAUGUGGUCUUUUGGUUGUAUCAUCGCUGAGCUAUAUCUCGGCCUUCCUAUAUUUCCAGGCAGCUCAGAGUACAAUCAGUUAUCGCGGAUCAUCGAAACAUUAGGGUUACCACCGAAUUACAUGAUCGAAGAGGGAAGCAAUGGGUCGCUAUAUUUUAAUGCCAUGUUUAACGAGCACUCGCCAUCGACAUCGAUGCAGUACUGCUUCAAAAGCAAACAACAGUUUUUAGAAGAAACUCAAAAGAUGGAAAAACCAAGUAAACGUUACUUCCACUCUACCAACUUGCCGGAUCUGAUAUUCAAAUAUCCGAUGCGCAAGCACAUGAGUUCAUUAGAGAGAGAAAGGGUAGAAAUGGGACAUCGGGCAUUGCUCCUCGAUUUUCUGAAUUAUGUACUGCAAAUUGAUCCCCUUCUUCGUCCGACACCAGAGGAGGCACAAAAUCAUCCGUUUAUCAGUCAACUACAUACUUCCAUUCAUACACCUCCAUCCUCUCAUGCUUCGGUCCAUUCUGGCGAUGACUUGCUGAAUGUUCGGCGACCCAACUCUGAUCCUGUAUUUCAUACAAAAAUGUUUGACGAAAAGACGCCUAUGCGCGAUAUUCAAUGGACCCCUCCUCAAUCGCCCGAACCACACGACACAUCUACUGGCUGUAGCACAGCGGUUAGCUACGGAGCCGAUCGAUCCGUUACCCUUAAACAUCUACCAUUAAGGCACGAACAGCAGCGGGAAUGA